UCAUGGGCAUCCCGGUCUAGCGUUGUCAUUUCAAAAUAAUAGCGUGACGUUGUCAUUUCUAACUUCCCGUAACUAACUUCCAGCACUUUGCUGAAGAAAGUUGGCGGAAUUAAGUUCAGAAGCGAGUUUUAGUCAUUUAGUAUUCUGGAGUCCAAAGCUUGACGAGCCGUCAUGACCGAGCUGAGCGGCAAGGUCCAGAGCGUCCUGGGUCUGCUGGACCCGGACCAGCUGGGCCGCACCAUGACCCACGAGCACCUGACCAUGACCUUCAAGUGCUGCUACAUCCCCUCGGCGCCGGAGAACCGCCCGACGGCCGAGAACCCGUUCCAGAUGGGCCAGGUGCACUGGCUGAGGCAGAACCCGUACAGCUGCCACGAGAACCUGCUCCUGCGCCAGGAGACGGAGGCCGUGCGAGAUGAACUGCUGGCCUACAGGAAGGCGGGUGGCGGCAGCGUGGUGGAAAACACCACCACGGGCAUCGACCGGGACCUGCCCACCCUCAGGAGGCUGGCCAAGGCGACCGGGGUCAACAUUAUAGCGGGGGCCGGGUACUACAUAGACUGCACGCACUCGGACGAGACUCGCAAGAUGAGUGUGGAGAAACUCACGGACGUCAUCGUGAGCGAGAUCCUUUACGGUGCCGACGGCACGGAUAUCCGCUGCGGCGUGAUCGGUGAGAUCGGCACCGGCUGGCCCAUCACGGACAGCGAGAAGAAAGUGCUGCGGGCGGCGGCGCACGCUCAGGCCCAGCUCGGCUGUCCCGUCAUCAUCCAUCCCGGCCGCGAUUCCCCCGCUCCGGCCGAGGUCGUCCGCGUCCUUCAGGAGGCGGGCGGCGACAUCGGCAAGACGGUUAUGUCGCACCUGGACAGGACAUUCUUCAACCACGCCGAACUGCUGGACUUCGCCGAGAUGGGGAGUUAUCUGGAGUACGACCUCUUUGGAGUCGAGACGCUCAACUACGUCUUCAACCUGGACGUGGACAUGCCCAGCGACAGCCAGAGAGUCAACGCCUUGGCCUUGCUGGUUAAAGAAGGCUACGAGGACAAGAUCGUGAUUGCGCACGACAUCCACACCAAGGACCGCCUGAGCAAGUACGGCGGCCACGGCUACUCCCACAUCCUGCGCAACAUUGUGCCCAAGAUGCUGAGGCGGGGCAUCUCACAGACGCAGGUGGACAAGAUCCUGGUGGACAACCCCAAACGCUGGCUCACCUUUAAAUGAAGCACGGGAAGAAAAAAGCCCAGGCAGUUUUUCAUUUGUUUAAUGAAGCCAUAAUGAUUUUUUUUCCCUCCAUCUCGGGAUGAUGAGACAACAGUGAGAUGCGAUGUGACCAUAAUUAAUUCAUUUGGGCCUUCAAUCAAUCACAGGGUGCAAUUUUGCCUCAUAAUCAUGAUGAAAUGUGUCAUCAUACUAAUAAUAUACCAUUAAGUAGCCCACAGUGAUUUAUAAGCUGGAAACCUUUUGGAUUCAAAGUGUUUUUUUUUUUUUUAAAUACAUUUAUUGAAUGGCUGGGAAUGACAAGAAGAAAAGGACCUGGUGCUCCCCCUUUCCUUCACCCCCCCCCCCCCCCCCAAAAAAAGUCAAAACAAAGCCUGUGGGAUACUGAUAUUGAAACGAUACCAUGGCAAAAACCUAAAACAUCAGUUAAUGCAGCAGAAUAAUACAUAACAAAAAAUAAAACUUCAGCUUCUUACUAUUUUUUUGGUAUAAUAUUUAGUAUUUUUGUAGUGUAAUACUGGCAAUAAAGGAUAUUAAAUAAAAUAGUUAUAUGUAUUCACUCUUGAUUAAAUAAAGUAAAAAAAAAACAAAAAAAAACAUGGCAUAGCAGUUCAGCUAUAAAAAAAAAAAAAGUAGUUAUUUGUUUUCUAAAUUUGAUCUGUUAUUCUACAUAUAAAUUAGUAUAGUAACACGCGGGUCUGCUCCGUUUGUGUCGUUUGAAGGUUUAUAAUUACCAUAACAUCUAUGCUAAUUUCCAUUAGCCCGUCUAUGGCAUUUUACAUUUAGUUAGCGGACCUUUGUUGUUUGAUUGUCUUUGUUUUAUGUGUCAGUUUUACGGUAAACUUCAAUUCAGAUUUUUCGCUAUCUGCCAAACUGCACGCAGCCACUCUUAAAAAUACAGAUACUAAAAAGGCGAAAGCUUGUAGAGUAUCAUGGUAGCGCUUCAGUACUGGUACGCCGCACAACCCUAGCCAAGUGUUUAAAUACCAAUGAAACAAAUAAAAAUGCGUUUGAACUGAAAAUA